AUGCUAGCCCCUUUUACAAUAACAAACAAGGUGUUAUAUAGUGCUGAGGGAAGAGAUCCCGAAGAUUAUGGAAUGUUCCGGAAUAAAGGUGGAGUUUAGAUAGUAUUGAUAUUAGAGUAAAAAGAUGGAACAUUCCAGAGUUUUUAGAGAUCUGUCCCGAAAGCAUUAGAACAUUUGAGAACAAUGUGGAACCUUCUAGAAAGGUAGAGAACAAAUGAGAAGAUUGUGGAACUUUCUAGAAGGGAAACCUUUACACAUGAUCCCUAUGACGUAAUGAGACUAGAAAUGUAUGGAAAACUAUAGAACAUUCUAGAAUCAGCUUAAUAUAAGCGUUAUGCUCCAACAAGGAGAAAAAAUAGCCCUACAUGGGACAAAAAAGAGCCCUCUAUGGGGAUUUGUGACUCAUAGAUCCCCAAAGCUGGAGUGGUCCCUAAAGAGUCUGAUCCAUUGAUAUUUUUCUUUCUUUUUGAGCUUCAGUGGCUCCUAUAGGAGUGGCUCUAAAGAGGGGGGCGGUUGGGGGAACUGGCUGUCGCGAGUCAGGCUUAUAUUGUGUAUGCAUUCUGGGAGCACUGGAGUAGUUUUAGCGGCCCUUUAGUGUUCACUUAAAAAAAUGUGAAUCGCCCUGCUAGACCCUGGUACCGGACGUUUCUUACAAAGUUCUAGAGAAUUUUUUAGUGGCGUCAGUACUCUUAAGUGAUCCCUAGAAGGGCUCAGAAACGUCUGGUUUUCAUUAAGGGGUCAGAUAGAAUGUUGAAGUUGUCCAUGGAGCGUACAUCAAGACGAUUUUUGAUCAGUUCUCGGUUUUUUUUGAACCCCAACUCCCCAAGUAUUCGGCAAAAGCACCAAGUGGAUCAGAAAGACGAUCUCCCGAGUGUAGGCAUGGUUUUUGGGGCGUGACAUAAAAUAAAAGCAAUGUGUGCACAUUUUUCGGGAGCCUUCUCGUGGAAAGGAGAACGGAGAAUUCUCAAAAGGGAACAAUAAUAAGGCAUCUUGAAACACAAAAAUGGUCUUUAACUAUAAUUUUUCAAUUUCGAAGCUUUUUACUUGUUUUAUAUGAAAAACAACAGGAAUUCUGGCGAUUGUUGCGGCUUGUGUGGCUAGUGUUGUGACGUGUUAUAUUUUAAUUUUCCAAUACGAUCUUCCCCUUCAACCUUUCAGCCAUAGGUAGGUUUUUGUCAAAUUAUUUUUUUUUUCAGAUAUUUUAGCCAUGAAAACUUUGAAAAAUGGUAUUUUAGAGGUAAAUAGGGUCAAAUUUCGACCAAGUUUAGAAGUUUAUCGGUUAACUUUUUCCAAGACUUCAUCAGAAAGUUAUUUCUCUAUAUUCCUUUAUUAUUUAGCUCUCAUCAAAAGUUCAUGUCCCUUCUCUACACAAAGCCUUGGAUCCGUUGCCCUCCUUACUUUAUCGGGAUUUUAACGGGAUAUUUACUGGCCAAAAUUGGGAAUCGAAGGGUGAGAGCUCCGUGGGUGAGUUGUAGGUGAUCAGAUUUUUUUUUUGAAUUUUGAUUUUCUCGCUCUCUGUUUGAGUGGAAAGCAGAGCUUCUAAAAAAUCUGUAUCAGAAAAAAAAAACUAUUUUGAAGCCAAUCGGACCUCGGUAACGCAAACUGGACGUUUAUGAGCGUCUCGAGUAAUCACUUAAGUGCUGAAACCGCUUAAGGGGCCACUAGAAUUGCUCCGAUUAGCCGAAAAGUUUCUUGAUACACCAUGAAGCCUAAAAACUUGAUUUGAGCCUAUUUAGAUCCAAAAAUUAGUGUUUUGAAAGAAGGUAUAAAAAGAGAAGCUGAAACAUCAAAACGAUGGAACAACCUUCUUUCAGAAAAAGAAUUAAAAAAAAGAAAAAAAAAAUUUUCAAAAAAUGAAUUCAAGAUCUUGAUCCUGAUUGGGUGGGCUUGUGCUGGAAUUAUCGGCUCCGCUUCCCUCUAUGGAAUCCAAAAUUAUAAUGCUGGCCACCAUUGGAGGUUAUUCAUGGAAAAAUGCGUAUUAUUUUCAAUGAAUAAAGCUCAGCAAGUUCGUCAGAGCGACCUACUAUAAUUUCCAUAGAAUCGGCUGGUCUUUAGCAGUUUCCUGGGUGAUUAUCGCCAAUCAUCUCGGCUGGGGAGGUAAUCAGGAGAAAAUAGCCUUCCUACAGUAAUCCCUUCGCCUCAGGACCCAUCAACAACUUCAUGUCGCAUCCGAUUUGGCAGCCAUUCGGCCGGUUGUCCUAUUGUGCCUAUAUUGUCCACUGGAUGGUCAUCUACUACUUUUUUUCAACCUCAUGGACGGAUCCAUGCAUUUCGUGUCCCUUUGGCAAACUGUAGGAUUUUGAAAUAUUGAUUUUUUAUUGCCUAAAAAAGAUUUUAGAGCUUCAACUUAAAAAAAUUAUAGAAUUUAUAUAAAUGAUUCUAAAAAACCCUCUUUUCAGUACCUCUACUUUGUCAUUCCUGUCACUUUGGUGGCCUAUUUCUGCGCCUUUUUCUGGAGUUGCUACUUCGAGGUUCCCACUUUGAAGUGAGAUAUUCCAGAAAUUUUUCCUAAAAAAAUCUGAUUUUUAGACUUGAAAAGAUGCUCAUCGAAGCAAUCAUGAAGAAACUUGGAGCCAUGCGAGCGAAAACUUCGAGACAAGAUAAGAAAGAAAAUAACUGGGAAAUCUCAAGCAAUCAACCGAAUCUUGUCGAAAAAUUGUGA